AUCCAUUGCGCAUUGACGCUGCCCGUAUUCCUUAAAUAGGACUAUCUGAAACCCAAAAUUCCCUCCUCCGAAAAAAAAAUCUAAAAACAGUAGGAAAAUAGUCGAACAAAAAAAAAUUACCCAACGAAAUCCGCCAAAAAGAAGAUGACCGAGUACGAAGCGAGGUACCAAAGCAGCGGAGAGGACCGAGAAAACAGCUACGGCGGCGUUCCCUCUCCUCAGCCUCGGGAAGGUAGUCACGGCGGCCUUGAUGAUCAACGCGGUUCCAAAUCUCAGCAUGGAUCUGGUGAUUAUGAGAGAGGGUCUUCUAGAAGUAGGGAAAAGGAGAAAAGCCGCGAUAAGGAAAGGGAGCAGGAUCGUGAUCGCCCCAGGGACCGGGAAAGGGACAAGGACAAAGAGAAAAGUAAGGAAAAGGAUCGUGACCGUCAUAACAGAGAUCGUCAUAGGGAUCGAAGUAGGGAACGGAGUGAGCGGAGGGAGCGGGGGAGAGAUAGGGAUGAUGAUGACUAUCACCGAAGUCGACACUAUGACAGACGAAGGGAUUUUGAUGGAGACAGGGAGGACAGGCACAGGCUCCAGUCUCGUCCAAGGGGUAGAUCUGAACACAGAUCAAAUUCAAGGUCCCGCUCACGCUCACCCUCAAAGAGCAAAAGGAUUAGUGGUUUUGACAUGGCACCUCCUGCUUCAGCAAUGUUAGCUGCUGGUGCUGCUGGUACUGCUGUUGGUGGUGCUGCCAUUACAGGCCAGAUUCCUGGGACUAAUCCAGCCCUACCUGGAGUGUUUCCAAGCAUGUUUCCUCUAGCAACUGGUCAGCAGUUUGGUGCUCUCCCUGUUAUGCCAAUUCAGGCUAUGACUCAGCAGGCUACUAGGCAUGCUCGUCGGGUCUAUGUUGGAGGGCUUCCUCCUACAGCAAAUGAACAGGUUUUACUUUACACUAUGUUUAGUAUAAUUAUCCUCAUGUUUGCGUUUGGUGCUGGUACUGACCUUAAUUUUAUAUUACAGUCAGUUGCAACCUAUUUCAGUCAGGUUAUGGCUGCAAUUGGUGGAAACACUGCUGGUCCAGGGGAUGCUGUUGUUAAUGUUUACAUAAACCAUGAAAAGAAGUUUGCUUUUGUAGAGAUGAGAUCCGUUGAGGAAGCCAGUAAUGCAAUGGCUUUAGAUGGGAUUAUCUUUGAGGGAGCACCUGUGAAGGUGAGGAGACCCAGUGACUAUAACCCCUCGCUUGCUGCAACCCUUGGUCCGAGCCAACCCAAUCCCAAUCUUAAUCUAGCGGCUGUGGGUCUAAGUCCAGGUUCUGCGGGUGGGCUUGAGGGUCCGGACCGUAUUUUUGUGGGAGGACUUCCCUAUUACUUCACAGAAGCACAGAUCAGGGAGUUGCUAGAGUCUUUUGGGCCUCUUCGAGGUUUUGAUCUAGUAAAAGAUAGAGAAACAGGAAACUCAAAAGGCUAUGCCUUUUGCGUUUAUCAAGAUCUGUCAGUUACAGACAUUGCUUGUGCUGCUCUAAAUGGAAUUAAAAUGGGUGAUAAAACUCUCACUGUUAGGCGAGCGAACCAAGGUACUACCCAGCCUAAACCUGAGCAAGAGAGCAUACUCCAGCAUGCACAGCAGCAGAUUGCUCUGCAGAGGCUUAUGUUGCAACCACAAGGUGUGCCCACAAAGGUUGUCUGCUUGACUCAAGCACUCAGUGAAGAUGAUCUUAGAGAUGAUGAGGAGUAUGACGACAUUGUUGAAGACAUGAGACAAGAGGGUGGGAAACAUGGUGUAUUGGUGAAUGUUGUCAUCCCCCGCCCAAAUCUAAAUGGCGAACCAUCAGCAGGUGUUGGGAAGGUAUUUCUUGAGUACUUGGACGUUGAAGGUUCCAGAAAAGCCCAAGCUGCAAUGAAUGGGCGGAAAUUUGGUGACAAUCAAGUUAUUGCCGUGUUCUACCCAGAGAACAAGUUUGUGCAGGGGGAGUACGAUGCCUAAUAAUUUUCUGUGCUAUGCAUUUAGCGUCAUAGUUGGGAUGAUUCCAUGUUUAGGUUUAAAUAUAAGCUGGUUUUUGAAUUUUGUUGAUGACAGCCUGUGGUGUAAUUCUCUGCUAACUUUUAGCUGUUAAACUGAACGAAACAGCGAACGGAAUGUGGCUUAAUAUGGUAAUCUAGUUUAGGGUUGGACGGAUGUGGUGACGCGGUGUUUAAAAUCUUAUGUUGGUUUUGCACUUAUAGCAAGGUCUAUGAGAUUGGCACAGCUAGUGUUGGAACCAUCUUUGAGAAGCUUGGGUUAAUACCAAAGUUAGAAAUGCACUGCUGACGAA